AUUGCUCGCCGCAGUUCGUCUCGCAUUUGCAUGGAAUCAUCAUUAGACCGAGAACAAAAUCGCUAGAAUGAAGAUAGAUUCCGUCAUUGAACGAUACGAAGCAGCAGUUAUCGCGGUGUGAUUAAUAGAAAGUUAGUAAGUUGCGGUGACGAGGAAGCUCCAAUCGAUCGGUCAGUGUUGUCUAGAGUUGCUUCGGAAGCCGUAACGCGAGAAGCCAAUUAAAAUUGUGCUUAAAAGUUCUAGCGAAAAAAAAACCAUCAUAGUUUAUUAGUUAUGUGAUCAUCUGGGUGUUUAGUGGAAAGCAUCGGGGUUUUUUUGUUGUGAUUGGGUUUCUUUUUCAUUGCAGCGAAUGCAAAUACAGCAAAUAAAGUGAAUAUUUUUCAGCUUUCGAUAGUACGAGAAAAUAUACAAAAAAGGAAGCAAAGCGAAAUGAGAGCGUAUUUCACGCAAAUGUGAAAAAGUAUAGUGAGCGGAGAAUAUAUAUAUCGCGGAAUAGCGCGACCCGCGAGUGACAGCAAGAAAAAGAAAAGAAAGAUCUUCCGCCUAGCCUAGCCGAGCCGAGCCAGAGCGGCAGUGUGAUCUUCCUAUACAGACGACCAGAUUUCAUUCUGCCUUUCUCAUCCGUUCUCCCCUCUAAUCACAUCACACCGUAACCCCAUCAUGGACCUAACACAGUCUCAAUACACCGUGCAGGCACAGUACUCCUUCAAGGGUUCCAACAAUGACGAACUGUGCUUCAAGAAGGGCGACAUCAUCACAUUGACGCAGCGCGAGGACGGCGGCUGGUGGGAAGGUACCCUGGGCGAUAAAACGGGCUGGUUCCCGAGUAACUACGUCAAGGAGUAUGCUGGCCCUCUACCGCUGUCGGAAACUAUACGACCUCCGGAGGAGAUACAGGCCUUUCGUUCGGUGGUCUUUCGAGAUCUUCUCGAAAGCGAAAAGGCGCACGUCGCUGAGCUUCGUGGAAUGGUGGAGAACUUUCUGGAACCGCUGGAAAGUAGCCAAAUUUUAACAUCGGACGAGUACACGCAAAUGAUGUGUAAUUUCAUCGAAAUCGUUGAGAUGCAUGAGGAGUUUCUGCAGAAUCUGGAAGAUUCUAACGAUCGCGUCGGGAAGGUGUUUCUUACGAAAGCACCUACCAUGAAAAAGAUUCACCAGUGCUACUGUGCGGCUCACCCGCGUGCCAUUGUGAUAGUUGAUAAGUAUCGUGACGAAUUGAAUAAUUUUAUGGAAAAGCAGGGAGCUGCCAAACCCGGCUUGCUGGUGUUAACAACCGGUCUGUCCAAGCCAUUUCGGCGGUUGGAUAAAUAUUCGGCUAUCCUUCAGGAGCUGGAACGGCACAUGGAAAGUUGUCACCCGGAUCGGGGGGACACUCAGCGCAGUAUAGCCGUCUACAAAGACAUCGCUUCGUCGUGUUCGGCCACUAGACGACAGAAAGAGCUGGAACUGCAAAUCCUGACCGGUCCCAUCCGGGGUUGGCAGGGUCAAGAGCUUACCUCGCUGGGGGAAAUCAUUCACAUGGGCAGUGUGGCGGUUGGUCCGGAACAUAAAGACCGUUAUUUUGUGUUGUUCCCCCAGACGCUACUGAUACUGAGUGUCAGCCAGCGGAUGAGUGCGUUCAAGUACGAGGGAAAACUGCCGCUGACCGGAAUCAGCGUGUGUCGGUUAGAGGAUACCGAUCAGAUCAAGAACGCUUUUGAGAUCAGCGGUACGUUGAUCGAUCGAAUCGUAGCUGUCUGCCAGGGGCCAAACGAGGCGAACAAAUGGGUGGAUUUACUGAAUGCCAAAGUGAACCCCACCUCGUCGGACGGUCAACCUGGCAAGGACCUGAAGAGGAUAGUCAGCAGCUCGGCGAUGAGUAUUCCCCAACCACCACCACAUAUGUCCCCGCCAACCGCGACCGGCAGCAGCCAUCCGUCUCGCGGCAGUUCCAUCGCACAGCACAUGUCGCAACACAAACGCAGCCAAUCGUUCAACCACCAUCUGAGCUACAAUCAGGUGCAGCACGGGCACCAGCAGCAGUCGCAUCAAAAGCAGCAACUGCUGGCCAACUACUCCAACCGAGCAGCCAGCGAGCAAAGCCAGCACCCACCGGGGCCAAACCUAAAGGGUAUCAAGGAAAAAGCUAAUUGGAAGAUCACCAACCUGCGUCCCGCUGCACCACUUCGUCCGGCCUUAUUGAACGGUGGGAGUGGUGGUGGCGGUGGCAGCGGUUUAGGUGGAACAGGAUCAGGUAGUGGAACGGGAGCAGCAAGUGUUGGUAGUGGAAGCGGUGGUGGUGGUGGUGGCGGCAGUGUUAGCCUCACCGGAUCCGGCAGCGUUCAUCACAGUUUGUCACUCAGCCAGACGGGCGUGAAGGUGCCACCACCCACCUACGAAGAAGAUGCGCUGGUGCUGCGCGUCAUCGAGGCCUACUGUGCCGCCUAUCAGAGCAACACGCGCAACACGAUGCACUCUGGUUUGGAGUACGACGACAUGACCCCAACGUUGCGGCAAUUGUUCAUCAGCGUCCGGCAGCUGCAGCAAGACAUGGCCCAGGUCAAGACGCAGAUCAGCGAAGAGCGAACGCUGCGCAACCACCUGCAGCAGGUGCUGAUGGGUCACCUGGAGAACUACGGGACAUCGAACACGACGUGCUGAUGAGCACGGACGGGGGAGGUUUGUUCUAUUUCUUUGUUGUUUUUGGUACAUCUUCAAAUCGAAGAGCUUUUACGCAACACGGACACACACGCAUGUUUGAAUGUUGUCAAUUUGAAAUUUGGAAUUUGAUUUGGUUGGAAAUAACGAAAUUUUAACAAACAAGAAACAUAAAUUUUAAAUAACACGAAGCUUUACAGUGCACAUUAGCAAUAAUGUGAAGAAAAUAAGUAUCGAUUAAAAUUAUUUUUCUUAAAUUUAUAACAAUAUGACUAAGAAAGUAACAGAACAGAAAGUGAGUUUUUUCUUGUGCCUUAAUAGUAUUCGCAUGGAGUUAGGCCAUGUUUAUUAAAUUGAGAUGAGAUUCAUUCAUGUUCUAUAAAUAAUUGCAACGAAACCAGCAUCAACGGUUAGAGUUUUGAUGCAAGCAAGAGAAACCUUUUACUUUGGUAUGACUAAAUUGAAUUAAAAGUUGUGUUUGAUUUGAAUUGAUUCGUUUCGAUAGAUUGCAAAUGGAACUGAAUAAUAUUUUAGUAUGUUCAUAUUUGAAAGUUC